AUGAUUGGUCGCUUUGCACAGGAUACGCACUCACAUACGUCAGAAUCUGUCACACAACGUCUGGAGAGACUGCGUCUCGAACACGCUCGACAUCUACGAAACAUCUCAUCAACGCCCAGCACAUCAUCGCAGAGUCAUCUCCCAAAUUCUACCACCACCUCGCUCCCGAGCGGCGAUCACAUUGCCUUGCUCCCUCCAGAGCGUGACACUUGGAAUGAGAAUCCAAACGCACAAACGGCAAACAAUGCUCCACGUCCGGGGCCGAUGCGUCCACGGCAUUGGAACCCACCUUUACAACCUCGGCCAAAUGUCAGCGGUCCCGCGGCACCGAGGUCGUGGAAUACACGAACGACACAGCCAGCUCAACAACCGGCAAGAGCAAACCCAAGAGAUCCACCUUUGCAUCCUCGCGUAGACGCCAUGCCCUCUUCGAGCAGUGCAAAGGGCAAGAAACCCGGCCGAAGGAGGAGGAAUAGACCCGAAGAUCUGGAGUAUCACAUAGAGGCUGCAUAUGGAUCCGAGUAUUGGUACCGGCCGAGCUCCAAUCCACGGUGGACGGAGUGGCGGACGGACGCCAUCUCUCUGACACUUGCACCGACUCGCGACAACGACAUAUCAAAUCCAUUCCUACCAUUCAAUCCAGUGCUUCAUGGAGAAAGGGUGCCAACUUUGUUCGAAACUACGCUUGCCGUCCUUUUCCAGCUCUACAGGCAGUCAGCAACCGUGGACGAGACUCCUGGUGAGGAGGGCUCGCUAGUGGCAUUAAUGGAAUACUUUCCGCCUCAUACACGAAGAUGCAUCCUACGAUACGCCGCAGUACAUCGACCAUUCGAUCAGCGGGACCUACAGCGCCUGUACACAUCACACGACGAACCCGCAUCAAGUGAAGCUCCAACAGAUAACGCAAACGGGGAGAUCUUAAUAAGCGGGAAAGACAUCGACGGGUCUGUCCUCGAUCGUCUUGGCCUAUCCACCCAAACGUCUCCAGAAGAUGUCCAAUUAAUCACCCCUCAAACAAUCAUCCUAUUCCAGACACCUCACCUACAAAAACGACAUUUACUCUCGUUCCCAAAGACACUCACAACUCUCGGUCUGAUUGCCCUCCCACCGCCAUCUACCUACAAGCGACCAUCUCACGCCGAAUAUCCUAUUCCGCAGUGUUUGUGCCCAUGGUGUACAUCCGAUUAUCCACCCGCGGCUCUUCCCGUCCCUAGCUCGAGCACAACGAGCCAUGGCAACAAGCCCUCGACCUUGAAUAUUCCGCUCCCAUUAGCGACUACAACGUCCCUCUUGCCUAUUCUCUGCACGCUUCCAGCUCUCCUUCCAUCGCUCGUGACGCUAGACGUGUCGUAUAAUCCUUGGAUGGCAGACGAAGCGAUUCUCACCAAUGUCAAAGUUCCUGCAUCUACAGCGAGGGGUGCCGAGAAAGAUAAUGGUAUACUUGGGCGAUGGGACUUACGUCUCUGGGGACGAUUGAAGACUCUUGGAGUUCGUGGGUGUCUAGCGCUCGUCAGCGGACGCGAGGUUCUACAUGACAAUUUACACAGAGUAGAGGAUAUUAGUAUUGUCAGUUCGAGUAUGCCCACGCUCGUCGAGCGCUGGGAGCGAUCAAUGCCCUCCCAUCAAAUCUCCUCGUAUCUUUUCACCGUUCACACCGCUCCAAACAUGCCUCUCAAGCGAACCCUUCCUGCUACGGCCACCACCGUUGGGAGCAGUGGACCUCAAACACGCUCACGGCAUGGGAGUACCAGUUCUCGCACAUCAACAGUGUCAAUUGCACCCUAUGUUCACUUGAACCCUGUAGAACGCCGUUCCAGUCGUAGCGCCGCGGCGAGACACAACGCCAACGACCCCCAGCUUCUCUCCUGGCUCCAAGGUUGCAACGGCGAACCCUCGUCGAUUGAGAUCAUACGAAUAGCACAGGAGAUGCAGAUGACCCCCGCAGCCAUUGAGAGGUGGAUCGACGGACGUCGGGAGCGGAUGGCCCUCUCUCCAGCACAUAACACUACAAAUUCUUCAUCCAACUCAAGAUCUGCAUCGAGUCGCGCCAUCUCGAGUGCGCGCUCAACUCCCAUUGCCACCUCCAGUGGCGUGUCGGCAAGGGAUCUAUCCCCGGUUCUCGAGGGUGCUCAGCCUCUCGAGAGCGAGGAAAUGGCCGGCGGUGCCUCUUUGCCUGCCGCCGGCCAGAAGGUAAAGGCAAAGAGAAUGACCACGGGUCAAACCGAGCAGCUUGGCAGGUGGUAUGCCCAGAUUGUCGGUGACAAUGGGAGGCUGCCCUCUCCUGAGGAGUGGGCGGCGAUCAGCGCGAUCCUCAACAAGUCCGUAGAUGAUGUCCAGCGCAACUGUCGGCGCAACGGACACAUCUACAUCCAGGAGUGGAGUCCUCCUGCGACGCUGGCGAGCCGGCGGUCGCGGAGGACCCAGGAUGUAGAAGUGAAACCCGGUGCGCAUGCGACAGCGGGACAGGGGAGCUCGGUGGCAACUGCUGCCACAUCGUCGUCUGGGGGAGGCGGAGUGAGAGUGAUGCGCAAACAAACCACACCAGCGCGCGUGUCCCCAUACUCCAAGGAUCCUACGACACGCAAAAAGGCGACAAAGAAUCCUGCAACAAGCAAGACGAAAAAGAGCUCGACCGUCGCUGAUGCGACUUCGCUCCCAAAACCAAGGAGAACCAAGGCCAUUACUCUCCUUGUACACACUCCCCCGUCCCUCCUCACACCACUUACUUCAUCCCUUGAUCUCGUGUACGAAGAGUACCACGCCGCCGGCUUCGGCCCUCAUCCAACUCCACAGUCGAAUCGCAAGGCUAACCCACGUCCAACGUCCACCUAUCCAGUUCCUUCUCGAAUCUCAUAUGCUCCUAUUCAGGCAUCUCUCCCACCCCUACCACUUCCAGCUGCUCAGCAUCUUCCGCCGCAGGCUCCUGUCGAGGACAUCAGGGUCCCCUCAGCGCGACUUACCGCUCGCGAGUACGACACGGCACUCAUCCUUGUGUCAAUGGCCGGUCAGACGACAUUCUCAACGUCGAACAUUCGCGAUACACCCCGUUCACCAACGUCGAACGCAAAGGGUGGCAACUCUCGGCCUAUCUGCAUUGCUGGCUUGAUCCCCUCUGGACCUACCGUGUCCGAGGCCGACAUCUGGGAAUAG